CCACCUCAGUCAGAGUCAGAGAGCAUGUGGUCAGUCCAGUGUUAAUUAGUGAGCAGAGCAGUCUUUCUUCCUCCUCUCCGGCAAGCCGGCCGCCCGCCAGGUCCACACUCACCCACGCUGCCGCAUUUAGUUAAGCAGCAGCAGCAGCUCAUGCUCCGUCCCUCUCCCCCUUUUCUUUUCCUUUCCGGAGAGAUCCAAGCCAAGGCAGCAGCUCAUGCUCUUCCUCCCUCUCCUGCCUUGUCCGUUUCUCUUCUUUUACAGCUAGCUCACUGCUCCCAAAGCUCAUUAAUGCCGCCCACCCGCCAUUGCUGACCUCCCCUCCCUUUCCUGCCACUGCCUUCCUUCACUCCACACUCCACCGCACCAUGAAGCCCCCCGGAGCCCUCUCGCCGCGCCACCACCUGCUGCCCCUCCUCCUCCUCCUCCUGCUCUACCACCUCGCCGCCGCCGCCAGCGGCACCGACGCCGACGCGCUGCUCGCCCUCAAGUCCGCCCUGGACGCCUCCAACCGCCUCACAUGGCACGCCUCCACGGCCACCACCCUCUGCACCGCCUGGCCCGGCGUGCGCCAGUGCGACCCCGCCGGCCGCGUCACCAAGCUGGUCCUCGAGAACCUCAACCUCACCGGCCCCCUCACCGCCGCCCUCCUCUCCCCGCUCGCCGAGCUGCGCGUGCUCAGCCUCAAGGCCAACGCGCUCUCCGGCCCCGUCCCCGACGGCCUCGCCGCCGCGCUCCCCAACCUCAAGCUGCUCUACCUCGCGUCCAACGCGCUCUCCGGCCCGCUCCCCGCCAGCCUCGCGCUGCUCCACCGCGCCACCGUCCUCGUGCUCUCCGACAACCGCCUCUCCGGCCGGAUCCCGCGGGAGCUGGCCCGCGUGCCGAGGCUCACCUCGCUGCUGCUCGACGGGAACCUGCUGACGGGGCCGCUGCCCGCGCUGCCGCAGAGCACGCUCCGGGCCCUCGACGUCUCCGGCAACCGGCUGUCCGGGCAGAUCCCGGGCGUGCUCGCGAGGCGGUUCAACGCGUCGGCGUUCGCGGGCAAUGCCGGGCUCUGCGGGGCGCCGCUCGCCGUGCCGUGUGUGGUGGCGGCGGCUCCCGGGCCGAUGUCGCUCUCCCCCGCCACGGCCGCGUUCGCGCCGCUCCCUCCCCCCGGCGGGUCCGGCGGCAGCAGCGGACGCCGCAGGAAGGCCGCGAUAAUCGCCGGGUCGACUGUGGCGGGGGCGGUGGUGCUUGCCCUGCUGGUCGCCGCGGCGGUGACGGCGUCUCGCCGCGGGCGCGGGCGCAACAAGCGCGUGGCCGGGGACGUGGACAAGGGCGGCCAUGGCACGCCGGAGGAGCAGGCCGAGGAGGACGCGCAGCAGCAGCACCAGCAGCGCUCGGCGAACGCAGCAGCGCUGCCGCCGGCGACGAACGCGGCGGCGGCGGCGGGCGGGCGCGAGUUCUCGUGGGAGCGGGAGGGGAUCGGGAAGCUGGUGUUCUGCGGGGGCGCGGCGGAGGCGUACAGCCUGGAGGAGCUGCUGCGGGCGUCGGCGGAGACGCUGGGGCGCGGGGAGGCCGGGAGCACGUACAAGGCGGUGAUGGAGACGGGGUUCAUCGUGACGGUGAAGCGGAUGCGGUGCGGCGACGCGGGGGGCGCGGGCGGGGUGGGCGGCGGGGCUCUGGAGUUCGGGCGGCGGGCGGAGGAGCUGGGGCGGGUGCGGCACCCCAACGUGGUGGCGCUGCGGGCAUACUUCCAGGCCAAGGAGGAGCGGCUGCUGGUGUACGACUACUACCCCAACGGCAGCCUCUUCUCCCUCGUCCACGGGUCUCGGCCGUCGAGCAAGGGCAAGCCGCUGCACUGGACCUCUUGCAUGAAGAUCGCCGAGGACAUCGCCGCCGGCCUGCUCCACCUCCACUCCUCAGCGAUCGUGCACGGCAACCUCAAGCCCUCCAACGUCCUCCUCGGCCCCGACUUCGAGUCCUGCCUCACCGACUACGGCCUCGUCCCCGCCCUCCACGCCGCCGGCGCCGACGCAUCCUCCGCCUCCCUCCUCUACCGCGCUCCCGAGACCCGCUCCUCCUCCUCCUUCACGGCGCCGUCCGACGUCUACAGCUUCGGCGUGCUCCUGCUCGAGCUGCUCACGGGCCGGGCGCCGUUCCCAGACCUCCUGGACCAGCACGGUGGUGCCGACGAGGUGGCCGCCUGGGUGCGCGCCGCGCGCGAGGAGGAGAUGUCCACCGAGUCGGGCGGCGAGUCGGCCGCGUCCGGCGCCGCCGGCCCCGCCGAGGAGAAGCUGGGCGCGCUGGUUGGCGUGGCGGCGGCCUGCGUGGCCGCGGACCCCGGCGCACGGCCGGCCACGGUCGAGGCGCUGCGGAUGGUGCGCGAGGCGCGUGCCGAGGCCAUGUCAUCGUCCAACAGCAGCGAUCGCUCGCCCGCGCGCUGGUCCGACGCCGUCAUCAUGGGCGCGCCGGGGCCGCCGACGGACUGACCAGUCCGGUCUGGUUACCAUCUCCAGUGAUCGAGGGAGCUGGAUAUAUACAUUGAUUGAUUUGGGAUGAGAUCCUCUCGAUCUCCAGUUAAGCUAGCUAGUAGAUAGGAUUUCAUUUGGUUGGUUUGAUAAAUUGUUGGAUUUGUAGAUCGCUGGCUCUGAAUUGCACCAUCGAUCGUCAUGUAGAAGUUAAUUACUACAGUAGUUUGUGUCA